CAAACACUGACACUGCUGCUGCGUUCACAAUGACAACCGGCGGCUCAGGUUCAUUAACGAACAAGGAUGACCUUACAAAAGGUCGAGAGGAUCUCCCAGAGUUAGGUAAACCAAUAAAAGGAUCAGAAAAUAAAGGAAAAGGAAAAGGAAAAGCAGAGAAUCAAGAAAAAAGGAUGCUGCCCGCUGGUGUAUUUAUCUUGACUGCCAUUGCUGCCAUCGAAAUUGAGCAUGAACAGGGCAAUCCUAAAAAACACAUUGUGCAGCUGACUCGCGCUGAUGCUUUUCCGGAGAUAUCCAUUACUUUUCUUACCGAGGCUCCAAAUGAACCACUCGUCCAGGAAAUAAAACAGAAGGUGAGAGAAUGUGAGAUUAUUUUGAGCUUCCUUGAGACCGUCCAUCAAGACACUGUUGAAUGACGCUGCUAAAGGAAACUCAGCGUGUGACAAGAACAAGUGCAGUGGAGACACACAGCUUGGGCGAUGUCUUCGUAUCAUUCAUCUGGUGACAUGUAUAUGUUCCAGUGUUCCGCUUGCAGACACUUAUGUUUGGGCUUCGAUUAUGUUGAGCAGCUUUUGUUAGGGCCUAGCUGCUGCAUGCUUCCUUAAUUUAUCUUGUUCAGUCUUCGUUUCAGCUCUUUCAAUUGUUGUCCUGUGGUCGUGUCCAGGCUUAGAGGUGGCCUGCGUAACUUGUUCACUCUCAUGCAUGUUCGUAAUAAUGAUGUCAAAAGUGUUCACUUCUGUGAA